AUAGAUAUGUUUGAAAAGUCGUCCCUUUUAAAAAUCCCCCCUAGUUUCUAAUAAGUUCUGUAAAAAACUUCGUUUAAUUUUCCAGUCUCCUAAGAAAAAGCUCAUUUCUCACUUUCAAUCCCGUUUCCAGGGAAGGAAAAAUCCAUUGAAUAGGCUGGUGAUGGGGGUUUAUACUUGAAAUAUUUUAUUGUGCUGUGUCAGCUUGUUUUGAUGGAACGAACUUUAGGCCAAGACUCCACUUCUACUUCUGGGUCGGUGGAUAAGUCCAGGAUUCUAUACAUAAAGCCCCUGCGAUGCCUUAUUUCGGUAUUCCCUUCAUCAGCUAAUUUUGUUGCCCCAUUUGUUUACAUCCCUCCAUCAGGUCCUUUCUCUUCUGUGUUUGCACCAUUUUACCCAUUUCCUGGUUCUUCAGAUUCAGAAAAUAUCCAGACCCCAUUUUCUGUGCCAAAUCAACAAUUUGGCUUUGCAAGCCCAAUCUCUACUGCCGUCCCAAUAAAUUCAUAUAGAACUGCAUAUGGAGAUGCAAGGGCAUCUGGAAGGAAAUCUAGAGGCUGUGCUCAAUCCCAAUCUCAUAGUGGGAUUGCUGAAGAAGAUGGGUUCAGUGAUGACCAUGAUCAGGGCACUCAAUAUUCUAGCAGGGGGAGGAAGAUAAAGAUGAGGGCUAAAGGAGGACACAGUGUGGCCAGGAUAUCAAUUGUGCUUCACCUGAUGGAAACAGUGGAGAACUUACUCUUGAUAAAUAAUUUGUUUCGAAGAAAAAUUUCACAGAUUGAAGAUUCCAAAGAAGCAACACCUGGGGUAACCAAAAGACCUGACUUAAGAUCAGCAGCAAUCUUAACGAACAAAGGGAUUUGUACAAAUGCCAGGAAGAGAGCUGGUGCUGUACCUGGAGUUGAAAUUGGGGAUAUUUUCUAUUUUAGGAUGGAAAUGUGCUUGAUUGGAUUGCAUGCACCAACUAUGGCUGGGAUUGAUUGCAUGGUUCUGAAGAUGGCUCAAAAUGAAGAGCCAGUUGCAGUUAGCAUUGUCUCAUCUGGAGGAUAUGUGGAUAAUGUGGAGGAUGGGGAUGUCUUGAUUUACAGUAGCCAAGGUGGGAAUCUUAACAUGAGAGGAAAGACAUAUGUCUAUGAUGGUCUUUAUAAAGUCCGAGAGUCAUGGGUGGACAAAACGAAGGCUGGUUGCAAUGAUGGCAUCACUACUAGGGCUGGUAUUAUAUUGCCAGAUCUUACUUCAGGAGCAGAAAGUUUGCCUGUUUCUCUUGUAAAUGAUGUUGAUGAUGAGAAGGGAUCUGCACAUUUCACAUAUUCUCCUAUUCUCAAGUUUGCAAAACCAGUGAGUUCAGUAGAGCCUUCAGCUGGCUGCACUUGCCAUAAUGGAUGUCAUCCUGGUGGUCUAAAAGUUCGUUUGGAGGUGUUUAAGUCUAAAGAUAAAGGUUGGGGUCUGAGGUCCUGGGAUCCUAUCGAUGCUGGAGAUUAUAUCUGUGAAUAUGCUGGGGAAGCUGUUGAUACUCCCAGGGCAAAGGAACUUGGAGAUGAAAACAACAAUUGCUACAUAUUCUAUUCAACCCACACUUAUCAUUCAGUGGGAGUUCUGCCUGGUGAAUCAAAUGAGGCUUCCAAAAUCCCAUUUCCACUGAUUAUAAGUGCAAAAGUUAUUGGUAAUGUAGCACGGUUUAUGAACCAUGGUUGCAGCCCAAAUGUACUCUGGCAGGCAGUUCUGAGGGCAAAUAACAGGGAGUCUGAUAUUCAUAUCAUGUUUUUUGCAAUCAAGAACAUUCCUCCUAUGACAGAGUUGACAUAUGACUAUGGAAUGGUCCCACCAGAUAAGGUAGAACAGGGGAAGAAAAGGUGCCUUUGUGGCUCACUGAAGUGCAGAGGUUACUUUUACUAGAGGUUGAUCGACAGCCAAAUUCAGAUGAAGAUUGCCCUUCCUACGUCAUGUUCUAGCGAAAGGAGGAUCAAAUUUUCCAGCCUUUGGCACUGCUGGACGGCUACUGAAGUUGUCCUUUGCAACAUCCUGUGUUUCGUAUUCAGUGGAGCUUUAUGAAGAACUCACUAAAUUGUUAACUUUUGGGGUCAUAUCCCAGCUGUAAUUUACUUCAGACUUCUUCAUUCUUCACUCUCCAGGCAUUCUGUUAUCUUUGCCUGACUUCAAGUCUUUUCCUUGGGAUUAAAAGUACUGAAGUAGCAGUGUAGUCCCCUUUUGGGUAUGGAGAGAUGCAAUAAUCAUAUGGAACUAAUUACAAUUAACUUUGGUUUUUUGUAGGUAUGAAAUGCAUCUCUUGAAUAAACAUGUACUCUUCGA